CGCCCCGCUCCUCCGGCGCCCGAGCCGUGUGCGCGUCGCUGCGGCCAUGAGCGGCUGGAGCUGCUACAUCGACAGCCUGAUGGCGGACAACACCUGCCAGGACGCGGCCAUCGUGGGCUACAAGGACGCGCCCUCCGUCUGGGCCGCCGCCCCGGGCANGGGCGAAUCGGAGCCCCAGCCGGCGGAAGUGAGCGUGCUGGUGGGGAAGGACCGCAGCAACCUCUUCGUGAACGGGCUGACGCUGGGCGGGCAGAAGUGCUCCGUCAUCCGGGACAGCCUGCACAUGGACGGGGAGAGCACCAUGGACCUGCGGACAAAGAGCACCGGCGGGGCCCCCACCUACAACAUCACCGCCGCCAUGACCAACAAGACAAUCGUGCUCGUCAUGGGCAAGGAGGGCGUCCACGGCGGCUGCAUCAACAAGAAAUGUUACGAGAUGGCCAACCACUUGCGACGGUCGCAGUAUUGACCCGCCUGCUGGUCCCAUCUGUGGUACUACUGAUGGAACGGUGUGAGGAUGUCCAAGACGGCAGCGACCGCCCGGGGCGCCCGGCCUGGCCGCUGCGGGACCAACCCCGGCACACGAUCGCCGCUUAUUCCAACUUUUCCUGCUCACGGCCUCUCCUUCCUCCGCUUCUCCUGUUUUUUUCUAAUGUCCCCACUCUGCCCCGAACCCCCCCUUCUGCCCUCGAUUUCUUUUUUGCCAUUUUUUUCUACCACAAAUCCUUAUUGCUGCCAAAUUUUCUGGUUGUUACAAGGUGUAGCUUUUUUGACGAAGAAAACUAUAUUG